UAACUUGUGCUUUUCAGUUUGCUUCUUUAUGAUUUAUUUAAAACAUAAGAGGAAUUACAAAUGAAUGCACUGCAUUGAAUCGUGCCCCAGCACGCAGGCUUUUUUUAAUCUAAGGAGGGAGGAAACUGUACUAAACACUGCCGUGCUCAGGGAAACAACUGCAAACCAGGAAGAGCAUGACACAAAACGACAAAAAUGAUAUAACGCUUUAAAAAUAUAUGGAAAAAACAAUAUUGCAUGUGCGUUUUCGUUUUUAAAAAGAUUCGCCGAUUAAAACAGCUGGAGUUGACCGUAGACGAAGGAAGCAGCAUGAUAAAGCGUGAUGGUAUUUUGGACCCGGGAGAAAGUUGAAACUGCAAAUGAGCUCCAACAGUGCACGUGACUCCCUUCCCAAAGAAUCCACCAUGCCUAUCGAACUGGCCAUGCCGCUUUAUCUGUCAAGCGAUGAGUUCCUGAAUCCAAGGGCAUCUAAAUACAGCAGACCCUUGCGGCCAUGUCUAAACCAGUGUCAAAGCUCCAAACUUAGUUUUAGCUCUCUUAAGGAGCAGUCCGAAUUCAAUGGGGUCAGCGGAGCCUUGAUGAUACCUGGCAGGGCCAAAAAACAGGUAUCUUUUGCUGAUCACAAAGGCCUCUCUCUGACAGUGGUGAAGAUCUUUUCUGAAUUUGAUGACCCCAUUGACAUCCCAGACAACAUCGCUAAUUUUUUUACCUCUUCGCUGACUGUAUCAGAAGGGAAGGACAAGUUAACCCUCGAUUUUGACCAGCCGUCUGCUGAUUACUUGAAAUUCCGUCAACGAAUAGAGAAUGAUCACGUCUGUCUCGAACACUGCAUGCUUAAGGAGAAAUCUAUAAUGGGCACAGUCAAAGUCAAGAACAUUUCCUUUGAGAAGUCCGUUAAGCUUCGCAUUACAUUUGACACUUGGAAGAACCACACAGAUGUACAAUGCCAGUACGUAAAAGACACUUACACCGCCUCAAACCGGGACACUUUUUCGUUUGAAGCUAGUUUGCCUGAACAGGUGCCAUCACAUGAACGCAUUGAGUUCGCUAUUUGCUAUGAGGUCAAUGGUGAUACACUCUGGGAUAACAACCAAGGAAAGAAUUACAGAAUCAUUCAGUCAGCACUGAGGAAGAGUUCAAAUGAAUCUAACGGUGGGCAUCAGCAAUAUUCCCUGAGCGAUUGGGACAUUCAUUUUGACCGAUAUGGCAGCCCCAGAUGCUCCCGUGGAAUCUUUCCCCAUUGGCCAAGCUAUGUUGGAUAUGAAGAUAUCGGCCCGUAUUAUUAAGUAUCUACUUUUGGCGUAGUCUAUCAUGCGCGCUUAUCCAUAAGACAUUGUGAUGAAUGCCUCUUCAAAAUGCCACUUUAAAAAAUACAGCAGGUUUGAUGAUCUAAUCCAAGAGCUUGUCGGACUCUGAAGCCAUAUGGACUCAUGAGAUAUUUAUUGUUGAUAAUGGAUUACAUUGCGCAACAAAAUAAGUCAUGUUUUUAAAAUACUGUUCCUGGUGCGAUACGAAUGUAAUUAUGCAGGUGAAUUUGUUUAUUUCUAGUGCCUGUCAAAUGCUAGUUUUUGCGCAGGGUUGUGUAAAUAUUUGGGUUUGCGUUGACCUGUAAAAAUAAUACAAUGUUAAAUAAUGUAAGUGUCAGUGAAUCUGCAGGCCAGUAUAUUUGCUUUAAAUCAUGAAGAAAAAUUAAUUGACAUGUUUGAUUAUUUUUUUUUUCUGAGAAUGACGAAUUCCACAAGGCAGCAUCACUCAACGAACAAAAAAAAAGAAAGAAGAAAUGUGUUAUUUCCCUAAAUAAUGUGAGAUUAGAGAUGAACUCAGUUUACAUACAUGGAUGCAAAUUCUUUCAUAUAUAUAUUUUUAAAUGUACAACUCUAAAGGUAUUUACAUUUUUGUAUUUUAAUUGACUAUGGUUUAUUCUCACUGUAAUUGACUGCACAACAGGAUAUUGAUAUUAGUGAUUGUUAAUGUGUAUUAUGAUGACAUUUGUUCUUGGUAAUGUAUGCACUUUAAUUUCUUGCAGUGUUUAAUUUCUUGUCACUCAUUUUAAAUUGUGAAUGCAGGUUUGACAGAACCACUUGAAAAAUGUUGUAAAAAAUGUUCUCUCAACGGUAUUCGGUAUGUUCAAAUGUUGUGCAUUUUAAUGCAAUGUUUUAAAUGUUCAUAGUCAUUGAAAAUUUCAAAUAAAGUAUUAGCAGAUAAAAGAAUUGAUUUGUCUG